AUGAAGCGCGAAGCAUUUUUGCAAGUUGUGUCUAAAGAGUCAAUUGAAGACUUCCUGCGUUACACUCAGAGCCCUAAAAAUACAUGUGAUCAUUUUGACUUGAAUGAGCUACUUCAAGAGUUGCCAAGAAAGCAGAAAGAAGUGCUAUGGCAGAGACUGACACAGCUGCUGACAGAGAGCUUGAUGGAGAACCCUGUGGAAACAUGGCACAGGACUGGAGAUGAUAAAAAUGAUGAUGACAUGGAAGUUGAGAUAGUUCCAGAAAUGAAACAGACUGUAGCAGUGAUCCAAGGAGUGGCAGCUGUCGUUAUUGCUUCCAUACCUGCCGUGGAUGAAAAUGUAAACUACAAAGCUCUUGUAGAAUGUGUGUUUAUCCUAAAUGGUAUCCUUCCUGCAUUAUCUACAUCUGAAAAAGUCCUACAGGACGCCAUCCAACGUGUGUGUGAAAUGUGGUGGGAGAAGGGACUGGAGGGGAAGGAGCAGCUGGGGAAGACUCUGUUUGUCAUUCUGCUGAGGAAAAGCCUGAAUAAAGCUGCUAUGGGUGCAGAUAUAGUUCGUGUAUGGAAUCUACAUCAGACAUUACUUUGUUUUGAUUAUGAUUCAGAUGAGAGUAAUGAAGUCAAAGACUUGUUGCUUCAGUGUUUUAUGAGUGUAAAACACAUUAAGAAAGAAGAGGGAAGAAGACUCUUGAGUUUUUUGUUCACGUGGAAUGUAAACUUCAUUAAAAUGAUACAUGGAACUGUUAAAAACCAAUUACAGUUCUUUCCAAGAUCCUUGGUGGAAUGCAUUUCAGAAGUUUACUUCAGGGCCUGGAAGAAGGUGUCAGGAGAAUUCACAGAGGUACUUGAAUAUAACUGCAUUCAGGAUUUCAUGCAUCAUGGAAUUCAUCUUCCCAGAAGUUCUUCUGUUCAUUCCAAAGUUAGAGAGAUGCUGAGUUAUUUUCAUAAACAAAGUAAAGUCCGUCAAGGAGUUGAAGAAAUGCUCUAUAGAUUGUAUCAGCCCAUCCUCUGGAGAGCACUAAAGGCCAGAAACUCAGAAGUUCGAGCAAAUGCAGCGUUUUUGUUUGUGGAUGCUUUUCCUGUUCGUGAUCCCAGUUUUACUGCUGAAGAGAUGGACAGUGAAAUUCAGAAACAGUUUGAAGAACUUUUUAGUCUCUUAGAAGAUCCCCAUCCAGUUGUUCGCUCUACAGGGAUACUGGGAGUUACUCAGAUCAUAUCCAAGUACUGGGAGAUGAUUCCUCCAACAAUUCUUGCUGAUCUUUUAAAAAAGAUAACUGGAGAUCUGGCAUGUGAUAUAACAUCUGCUGAUGUUCGCUGCUCUGUUUUUAAAUGCCUGCCAAUAAUUUUGGACAACAAACUAAGUCACCCACUCCUGGAGCAGCUCCUGCCUGCAACCAGACACAGUCUGCAUGAUAAUUCUGAGAAGGUGCGAGUGGCUUUUGUGGAAAUGCUGCUCAAAGUGAAGGCUACCAAGGCUGCCAAGUUCUGGAAUAUCUGUCCCAUGGAGCACCUCCUGUCCCGGCUGGAGGUGGACUCUCGGCCGGUGUCGCGGCGCAUCGUGAACCUCCUGCUGAACUCCUUCUUCCCCAGUGCCCAGCCCGAGGACGUGUGGUGUGAGCGCUGUGUCACCCUCAUCCAGAUGAAUCCUGCAGCAGCCAGGAAGUUCUAUCAGUAUGCCUAUGAGUUCACUGCCCCCACCAAUAUAGCUAAAUUGAUGCUCACCAUUCGGCGCUGCUUGAAUGCCUGCAUCCAGAAAGCAAUGAAAGCCAAUCUUCAUGGCAGUGGGGAUGAGGGUGAAGAUGGAAGUGAAAAGGAGAACACCAGUGUGUUGGAUAAUGUGUUGUCAGUAAAUGAUGUGGCCAGCAUGGCAAGUUUGUUGGAGAUCACUGUAAUACUCUGGAGAAGCAUCCACAAAGCACUAGAUCAUAAUGAGGAUGCCAAAGAAUAUGCUAUCAAGAAGUUUGCUUCUGUACUUCCUGAAUAUUUUAAAGUAUUUCAGGACGAGCGGUGCAUGGCUCCACUGAUUAUUCUGGCAUCCUUUAUGCCUCCUGCUGCUAUCCCUACAUUCAGCUGUGGUGUAGUUUCCAGACUCAGAAAUAUUGACAGUGGAGCUGACCAAAACAAAUAUUCUGUCCUGAUCGACUGCCUGUGCCGCUGGGGUCAAGUGGGGCACAUUUUGGAAUUAGCCUGUGAUUGGCUCUCUGACUCACUCACCCCAACAAAGAAUGCUAAAACAUCUGGGCGUCGAGUACGGAUCCAUGUGACACAGGAAUCAAAGCCAGACCUAGCAAUUGAUUACAUUGAGUAUUUAUUGACUCAUCCUGUCAAUUGUGGUUGCCUACUUUCUGUUCCUAAAAAUAAACUGAAGAAGCUUUUGAAAAUCCUCGGUGCUGCAAAGAAAUUUCUUGGCUCAGUUUUGGAAGGAACAGAUUCUGGUGGCUGGAAUCAAGCAACCAGCCUAAGAGCCUUCAGCCUCUUUUGCAGAUUGACUGUUCAUCUUCAACACAAGUUUUCUGAAGAAGGAGAAGAUCACCUUUCACUUCUGAAGGAGACAGGUGCUUGGAUAGAAAGUCAAGUUGUACCUUUUAUACUAGCAAGUGAUCAAGAGGAUGGUAUUUCAAAACACAGUGAUGUUUCUGAAUUCAUUAUCCAGGCCUACCUGACAGUGUGCAAAGAUGUCAUAAUGGUGGGCCUGGGAAAUGUCACAUUUCAAGCACACCUGUUAGAAAUGGCUCUUCAGGUUAUGCAAACAGAGAGAGGUGGCUUUUGUGCUCCAAUGUUGCUGUGUGCUCUAAAAGAAAUUACUGAAGCUUCUUUAAAUCAGAAUACUGAGACAGAGGAAGUGACAAAUCUUUUCCACACUCUACAAAACGUCUUUCAGAAAGUUUUAGAAUGUGUGGCACACAGACUUAAGAAAGAACAAGAAAAAGGAAUUCAGUUGAUUCACUCUAUUCAGAUGCCUCUUGGAGAAUUCAUCCAUGCACUGCAGUGCUGGCAUUCCACAUUCCCAGCAGUUCACCAGGGUGUUCUCUCCACUCUCCUGGCUGCAAUAGUAGCAGAGAUAAAUUGUGUGCUACAGAAGGCUUCCAGUGAAAAUGACUUGACUAUGCCAAAGACUAUUUCAGACCUUCCCCCUCUUUCAAGCAGUUUAAUGGCUGUAAUUAUGAAGUCAGCUAAUGUUGUCAGGUCAAUUUUAAAUGAAUUAAUGGAGUGCAUUCUCUCUGAAGAAAUUGAAGGGAUUUUUAGUCUAACAGCUACUGUCUGCAUUGUGAUUAUAAUUAAAGGUAAGCACAAAACUUCACUUCUAAAAGAUAUUGCACCUGCCAUUCAAAGGAAGCUGAUAAUGUGCAAGGAUGCUGCCACAGAAGAAUCCAGAGGCACUGAAAGAUUCCUGUGUGAAUCAUCUCUGAAAAUUUUGGAUGAGUUUUUGAAUCCUUGACCACGCAGAAGCUUUUGUCAUGAAAAUUGAGGG